UUUAGCAUUCACAUGAUACGGACAUACAAUCAACCGGUACUAAAAUGAUAAGCCACAAAAGAGAUUAGCAUCCCUCUUUGACACCAUCAUCCCUACAUCAUGAUAUUCAAAUCACCUCAUCCUACCCUUGACCUCCCUCAAGGGGAAGAGGCAGUCUUGCCUAGAUUCCUCCUUGAUCCAGCUCAAACGUCUGAUCGUUCAACACAACCUAUCCUCUAUCCACCUCCUUCUUCCGGAAAAGCAUUCACAUCAAGACCCAAUGCAAAAGCACUCAGUCUGAAAAAUAUGUGCGAACUAGCAUACGGAAUAGCAAAUGGUUUGAUUAAUGGUAAACUCGAUCAAGGAAAUCAACCAUUCGAAAAAGGUGAUGUGAUUGCAAUUUAUUCUCCAAACCAACAUGAUUAUGUUCCAAUCGUUUUAGCCAUUCAAAUGGCAGGUGGAAUACCGGCACUUUGUAAUCCUUCUUAUAAACCAAACGAAUUAGCACAUCAAUUACGUAUGACCCGUGCAAGAGCAAUUUUCACAACCGCCGAUGCUGGGCUACAAAAGCCACAGGAUAAGAAACAGCCCAAAGCAACGACUCUAGAAACACCAUUCACACGAGCUCAAGAAGCUGCCAGAUUGGCUUUCGAGGAAAAGGGAGACGCAGACACUGGCGGAUUCGAUAAGCUUGAUGGAGAGCCGGCCGUUUUGGUAUUCGAAGAUGAUGACAAGAAAGGUAUUCGGAACGUCCUUCUUGGAACCCAAACAAAGAUUAGCGAAGAAGAUCGCAAGAAAGUGUCAGAAAGAGCAACCGCACUAAAAAGUACAGAUGCAGCAGUCUAUUGCUUCAGUUCAGGAACGUCUGGCUUACCAAAAGCAGUUGUGCUAACGCAUGGCAAUUUGGUAUCCAAUACGAUCCAAGCUACGUUCUUGCUGUAUGACCGCAUGAAUAAGGCUGUGGAAAACGGUGCCAGGUUCUCAAAAGAUGGCACGGAUGGCUGGUACGACAAAGCACAAGCAAAAGGUGCCGGGAAAGAGUAUAGGCCGGAGAAGAAAGUGCAGGCCUCACCCGCAAAAGAAGGAGAAGCGAGCAAGAAGACGUCCAAAAAAGGUAUCAAUAAGCUCAUAAGUCAAUUUAAGAAAGGCUUUGGUGCGGUCGUAGAAGUUGAGAAGAAUGGUACUCCAAAAGCGAGCGAAAGUUCCGCUUCGAGUCCCAGUUCCAGUCCAGAGGAAAAACCUGCACCGCAAUACCUUGGCGAAACUGGAUUUGCAAGGAUUGAAAGUCGACCAAAAGGUGAACAAGAAUUUCAUAUCGAUGUGCUUCCCCAGUUCCACUGCUAUGGUCUCUUGGUAAACUUAGUGGCCAUUCACACUCUUACACCACGCAUCAUCUUACCUAGAUUCCAUUUGGAGACAUAUCUAUCCAGUAUUCAAGAGCAUGGUAUCACCUUUGGGUUUGUUGUUCCUCCAAUCUUGCUGGCUUUGGCUCAACAUCCUCUUGUGGACAAAUAUGACGUUUCUACAUUAUGGCGUGUUGCCAGUGGAGCAGCAAGUUUACCAGAUGAAAUCACAAAUGCCGUCGGUGCACGAUUAGGAAUCGUUUGUACGGACGGAUAUGGAAUGACUGAAAUGAGUCCGAUCGUUGGGAUGCAAACCGUUAGUGACGUAAAGAUUGCUCCUAAUACUGUUGGAGUUUUAGCACCCAAUACGGAAGCAAUGGUUUUGGAUCAUGAGGGAAAACAAUUGGGACAUAAUGAGCCCGGUGAACUGUUGUUGAGAGGACCACAGAUGAUGCAUGGCUAUUUACGUAACGAAGAAGCAAACGAGAAAGCAUUCUUUACGGAUGAAAACGGUCAAAAAUGGUUAAGGACGGGAGAUGUGGUAAAGAUUGAUGAAAGUGGAUAUAUCAAGAUCACUGAUCGAUUAAAAGAUGUUAUCAAAUCAAAAGGUUUUCAAGUUUCACCGGCAGAAUUGGAAGGAAUCUUGUUCAAGGAUGAACGUGUGAAAGAUGCUGCAAUUAUUGGUUCGAUUGAUCCACACGAUGGCAAUGAACUUCCUUGGGCGUUUAUCGUUCCAAGUCAAACGUUACCUGAAGACGAAAAGGCAAAAGAUGAAAUUGCAACUUCAAUCCUCAAACGUGUUAAUGAACAAGUUGCGGGAUACAAAAAGAUUGCCGGUAUUACUUGGCUUGAUGCUUUGCCAAAGAGUGAUGCUGGAAAAGUAUUGAAAAAGAAUCUUGCCUCUCAAAAAUGAAUAUAUAAUCCUGGAUAUGUACAAUAUAGUGUUUAAUCCUUUAAUUACUGAAUCGAUAAUUUAUCUGACC